GUUUUGAAAUAGAUCUUUUUUUUUUAGUGUUCGGUCCAUGUUUUUCGAGUUAUGAUAAAGUUGGAAAUUGUCUUAUUUUUCGAUUGAAUUUUUAUACACUUAUAUUACAGUGUUAUUAACAGUUUUAUAGCUCUAUAAUAUGAAAGAAAAAUGUCGGAGAAAAAAAAUCAACCGCAAAAAAAGAUUUCAAAAAAAUCAAAAAAUCCGCACUCUGAAGAUGAUGAAAACAGUGCCCAUUCAAUUAAACCAGGAGAAAUUAAUGAUUAUUCACGAAAAAGUAUUCUGAAAACAUCAAAAAAUUUCCAACCUACAAAUGAAAAUAGCAAUAUUGACAAACCUGUUAAAUGGGAUGAAAUGAACAUAUUACAAACAUUACAUCCACCAGAUAAAGAUUAUGGUCAUAUGAUAGUAGAUGAACCUAAAACCCCAUUCACACAUUAUGACAUUGAAAAAGAAGCUUCAGAUGAGAAAGUCUCACUUGACGUUCAGUCACUAAUAAAAAAAAUAAAAGAAUUACCAACAAGACGUGUAAAUGACACAAAUGAAGAUAAAUAUAAUGAAUAUGGCAUAGAUAAAGAUAAAAAGAAAUCUUUUGAAGAAAAAAGGAAGUUGCAUUAUAAUGAAUUCUACGCUAUAAAAUUAGCUAAAACAUUAAUGAGUCAAGAGGAAGAAGAUAGUGACGAAGAAACAGCAGGAAAAUCUGAUGCUAGUAAAACUAAAUCAAAUAAAAAAAAAUAGUGAUGAUUUCACAAUUUGCUCAAAAACAUCACUUUCUUACAACAUUUAAAACAUAAAAUUUAAUUAUAAUGUAAAACUUUUAAUUAAAUUCUAUUUUCACAUUUAAUAAAAACCUUAUGAAAUCUGAUAUUCACAACUCAAUGUAUUUUGAAU